CUGAGUUUCCCUCGCACUCCGGCUGCUGGCCCGGGAAGAGGGGCUGGCCCUGGCUCUUACUCAUGAGUAACGGCCUUUUAAAGUAAGCGCUUAGUCGUAACUUGUGAGUAAGCGGGGCCCUGUGCAGGGGGUGCGCCUGGAGGGGUUUUUGCCUCUGGGCGCCAUAUGGCUCACAUAUGCCUUUGGGAAUGGUCUUUUCAGGGCUGUUUUGAUCUUUGAAGGAGGACUCGUUACGGCCAGGAACAUUGGAGUACUUCCUUCUCCGGAAUCUAUAACUGAAAAUAAUCAAAAAUCCAGGUCAGCCACUGCUUUCCAUGGGGCAUAUGAGCGCCGUCUAAACAACCUCUACCUCCUUCGCGCGGGCACAGUGGUACAACCCUAAGUCAUUUUCUGUCCCCCUCCAUAGAAGGCCCCGUGGUACAGUCAAGAAGGAUGGACUGUUCCCUCCCCCACCUGCGGAGGAAGACGCUAUUGAGGAGUUGUUUGUGAAGCAGCAGAAGGAGGCGCCCGCCGGAGGGAGACAACUGUGUUGCCGGCAGUGCUGAAGCUUUUGAAGAGAGGGACUCUUUUGCUGUUCGGUGAGCGGGAGUACCAUGUCCACUCCAGCCAGGAGGAGGCUAAUGGGGGAUUUAAAGAGAUUACAAGAAGACCCUCCUGUGGGUGUGAGUGGUGCACCAUCUGAGAACAAUAUAAUGCAAUGGAAUGCAGUUAUUUUUGGGCCUGAAGGUACUCCUUUUGAAAAUGGUACCUUUAAGUUAGUAAUAGAAUUUUCAGAAGAAUAUCCAAAUAAGCCUCUAACAGUUAUGUUUCUAUCAAAAUGUUCCAUCCUAAUGGAACUGACUAGGUAUAGGAUUCUGUAUCUACAGAGCAAAGAAAAGCUAAUCCCUUUAGUAUAUGCAGAUGGUAGCAUUUGUUCAGAUAUCCUUCAAAAUCGUUGGAGUCCAACAUAUGAUGUCUCAUCUAUUUUAACGUUGGAGUCCAACAUAUGAUGUCUCGUCUAUUUUAACCUCAAUUCAGGGUGGCACCUGCAGAGGUCCUUGCCCAGAUCAGCAAAGCUGUUUUGGCAGAACAUGGGGAAGAGGGAGUCCCACAGGUAUGUGGGACAAGGCCAUGAAGGGCUUCAUAUGUGAUAGCUAAUAGUAUGAAUUAAACCCAGUAAAUGAUGGGCUAUCAAUGGAGUGACUGCAGAAUGGGGGCAAUUUGCAUGCUCCAUCUAGCUCCUGAUAACUACUGAACUGUGGUGUUCUGAACCAACUAGUCUCUCUGAAUUGAUUUUGAUGGGAGAUCUACAUAGAGUUCAUCACAAUAGUCAAGCCUCAUCGUCACCAUGUCAUCAAUUCAAGUGACCAGAUCAACUAUGUCAGUGUAGGGGGUCAUCUUUCAGGCUAGACUGUGUUGGAAGAAAUCAUUUUUGUAGCUGCAUUGUUUCUUGAGCAGUGAUGUUGUAUCCAGUAUAAACCCUA